AUGGACCAGGAUGCCAACGAGACAUUCCAGGCUGCACUAAAGACGGCUCCAUGGGCACCAUUUCAGCUUCCUACUGCAGACGGCACAAUCCUCCAGACUUUCAUAAAAGCCGUCUUUAAAGAUCAAGGCUACGCAAUCCUUGUUUCUGAUUUCAAAAGAGUCUGGCUCGAAAUAGCCACUGACGAAAAAGUAGAAAGAAAGUUAAAGUCUUAUGCCAAAAACUUUAGCGAAACACCAGUGUCCGGUAUGCUCCCAUAUAUUGAAAGCUAUGUGCAUAGCCAAAAGCCAAAUGUUCGGUAUAUGAGCUUUUUCGAGCCCGACGAAACGGGUGAGCUGAGGAUCCACGCAACGGGAACUGUAGGAACUGUCACCUUCAGAUGGGUGUUUGAAUGUGCCCAGCUUCAUACGGAUGUUUUACCGCCACGUCCGGUUCCCGGAGAUGUUCUUUACUCUCAUCUGUCCGUACCGCUUCUUAUGGUGGUUAUGGAGCAAGAUCGCCGGAUACAAAAACUUUUAACCCUUUUGGGAGUAAAAGAACGUGAAUUGCACGAGUGUCAUGACACAAUGACCUUUAAUGGUCUGAAAUUUCCACCCAAGCGCUCGGAUCCUAUUACGGCAGAGGCGUUUUCAAGUGUGGCCGAUGAGGAAUUCAGAUCGAUGCAUGUCACAAAAGAAUCGCUGCCUAAAGCCUUUCUCGAAAAUCAGCUAUACAGACUGGUAUUGGGCAAGUCAGACAAUGCGACUGCGGUUGCUAAAGAUACGAGGUCCAUAUCACCGCCUGCCAACCUUGAAAGGGUCCCAACUUUGCCUGCCGGACCCAUUACCUCUUCCGGGAUAUUUGCAAGCUUGGACGGAUCGUCACCUACGGGUCCCGACGACGCGUCGUCAUCUCAGGCACCAUCAAAGAAGGAGAUUGAAAAGUCAUUGGAGAUGCAACGGAGACAGGAACGAGAAGAACGGUUACAGAAAUUGCAAGCUGAGCAACAACAAAAGAAGAAACGGCGUAAAAUCUUGUAA